CAUGGAGCCAUCAGAGGAGAAAGACACAAGCUGCUAACUUGAACCUUGCUGGUUUCUGUGAAUCAAAGUGCCUCAAAAAGUUUUUCUCAUAUUGAGACUCCAGGGAAGUUUGGAAUGUAAAGACCUCAAGAAGGAAGCCUGGAAAGUGGCCUUUGUGAAUUUAGUUGAGCAGAGGUUGAGAAAAAAACCAAGAGAUAGCUUCGAGUUCUUAAAGGCAGCAGCCUUCAAGAAGCAGUAAGACAUUUAAAACAUAAACAUCUGGAAACCGUCAUAAGAACAUGGGAGAACCUGGGAAAAGGUUUGCAACCCAUGGGGUGAGAUGUUUUUCGAAAAUGAAGAUGUUUCUGUUGGCAUUAACAAUGGCAUGUCUAGCCCAAGCACUAUCACGAAAUUAUAUGAUUUCCAUGCUCACACAAAUAGAGAGGCGAUUCAAUAUCCCCACAUCUAUAGCUGGACUUAUCAAUGGGAGUUUUGAUAUUGGAAGCCUUCUAUUGAUUAUAUUCGUGAGUUAUUUUGGAACAAAACUGCACAGGCCUAUCAUGAUUGGUGCUGGUUGUGUGCUUAUGGGCCUAGGGUGUUUCUUAAUGUCACUACCUCAUUUCCUGAUGGGACGAUACGAAUAUGAGAAAAUGAUCUCACCAUCAAGUAACUUGUUUUCAAACAGCUUCUUGUGUUCGGGAAACAGAAGUGCGACCUUAACAACAAUACCAGAACCAGAAGACUGUGAAAAAGAAAUUAAAUCCUUAAUGUGGAUAUAUGUACUGGUAGGAAAUCUUAUUCGUGGAAUUGGUGAAACUCCCAUUAUGCCCUUGGGCAUUUCUUACAUAGAAGAUUUUGCCAAACCUGAAAACUCCCCUUUAUACAUUGGGAUUUUAGAAGCAGGAAACAUGGUUGGCCCUUUUACUGGACUUUUGUUGGCAUCUUUCUGUGCAAACAUCUAUGUAGACACUGGGUCUGUGAAUACAGAUGACCUGACCAUAACUCCCACUGAUACACGCUGGGUCGGUGCUUGGUGGGUCGGCUUUUUGAUCUGUGCAGGAGUGAAUGUCCUGACCAGCAUCCCCUUUUUCUUUCUUCCCAAAACACUCCCAAAGGAAGGACUAGAGGAUACUGAAGAUGUGACUAACAGCAACAAAGAAGAGAAACACCAAGGAAAAGCCAAAAAGGAAAAACAUGGAAUCACUAAAGAUUUCUUGCCAUUCAUGAAGAGCCUCUUCUGCAAUCCGAUUUAUAUGAUUCUUGUCCUUGUAACUGUGCUUCAGAUCAGUUCAUAUGCCAUAAUAUUUGUCUUCACGCCUAAAUACCUGGAACAACAAUUUGGAAAAUCAACUGCAGAGAUAAUAUUUCUCAUGGGUAUUUAUAACUUACCUGCAGUAUGUAUUGGAUAUUUAAUUAGUGGUUUGGUUAUGAAAAAGUUCAAGUUUACUGUCAAGAAAGCUGCAUAUGUAGCUUUCUGCGUAUCCCUGACUGGGUGGCUUCUAUUUUUCUUAAACUUCCUGUGGACCUGUGAUAAUUUCCCAGUUGCUGGCUUAACUACAUCUUAUGAGCAUGAACGAACUCAUCAGCCAUUAUAUGUGGAGAAUAAGAUUCUUGCUAACUGCAACACAAGGUGCAACUGUUUAACCAAAAUGUGGGAUCCAGUGUGUGGAGACAAUGGAAUAGCAUACAUGUCAGCCUGCCUUGCAGGCUGUGAGAAAUCUGUUGGAACAGGAAUUAACAUGGUAUUUCAAAAUUGCAGCUGCAUUCAGUCUUCAGGAAACUCAUCUGCAGUCCUUGGGCUGUGUAACAAAGGUCCUGAUUGUACAAUAAAGCUGCAGUACUUUUUCAUCACGGCAGUAAUUAGCAGCUUUAUCUAUUCACUAGCAGCCAUACCUGGUUAUAUGGUUCUUUUGAGGUGUAUCAAGUCUGAAGAGAAGUCACUUGGAGUUGGAUUACAUGCAUUUUUCAUAAAAGUAUUUGUGGGCAUUCCAGUACCUAUUUACUUUGGUGCCUUGACAGACAGAACCUGUUUACACUGGGGAACUCGGAAAUGUGGGAAGGCAGGGGCUUGCAGGAUGUAUGAUAUAAAUAAAUUCAGGAACAUUUUCCUUGGGUUGCCAGCAGUACUAAGAGGAUCAAGCUUCCUCCCAGCAAUCUGCAUUCUGAUACUUUUGAGGAAGUUCCAACUCCCUGAGGAAACUGACACUUCAGAGACUGAGUUUGCAGAGAUGAAGCUCACAGAGAAGGAAAGCGAGUGCAUGGAUGUGCACAGGAGUCCUGAGUUUGAGAACAACAGAGAACUGAAAACGAGGCUGUAAAGAGAGUUGCAUUGACCUACACAAGUGCAUGGACAGGGUGCAUUUAGUUCUUUUGAAUUAUGGGAAUUACUAAGGGAGCUAUUUUCUUAUGCUUGAAGAACCCAAGAAUUAUUUUUAAUCAUGAUAAAAAUAUUUACUGAUAUUUUAGAAGCAUAAGAGUGACACUUAAGGUUUGCCCAGGGAAGACUAUGGUGACCCUAACACAAUGUACUUUAGAGCUGCCUUCAUUGUCAAACAGCAUUUUCUCUUUUAACUCAAUCAAAACAAGUUCACCUUUCCUACAUAUCUGUAAAAAUCUUUAAGACUUUCCCAUGCUUAAAUACUAUUCAAUUUCAUGGAAUUUUGCUUUAAUGUUAUAUUUAUUUAGAGUGAAACAUUUUCAUCUUGGUUGUGUUACAUUGAAACUAUUUGUUCAAAUUUAUCCUUUCUAUAUGCAAAAUAUUGGCAUACUUCUUUGUCUAGCUAGGAGUUCUUAAUUCUCUUUUUUAUCUAGGUAUGAUGCUUCUAAAAUUAGAUUUCUUAUUAAAUGUCAUCUGUUGUUUUCAA